GAGGCGGCCAAAGGUCGUAGUAUUGGCAGAAGCCACUCGGCUCAACAAUGGCAACUUCAAAGCUCGUGUCUAGGUUGUCGUCUCGGCUACAUCCUCUUGCUCUUAGACUCGCCAAACCCACUCUUUCAUCCCCCCUCAACUCAGCCUCUCUACGACGCACUUCUCGCAUUUCACGGUUACCGGUGGAGUUGGGUUGCUUGGGAUCAAUGAUGCCGUUGCAUAACGCAGUAGCUUCGGCUCGGUUAGUAUCAAGCUUGUCCACAGAAUCCGGGAGUUGGGGAUUAGUUCCUCAAGGUAUUUCCAUGCCUUUAUGACAGUACCUAUCUGCUGCUAAUUGGUGCACCGUGGCUUUUUCCCGUUGGUGGUAUGCUAGGGCUCACGUUGGCAUGUUUGCCUUUUAUUGUUCUCUUAAGGUCUUUGACAUUGUAUGCUUCAUCUGACAUUGUCGAGGAAAACGUGGUGCAACCGAUGUUGCUUACUUGCUAGAUAGGUUCAUUUUAUGAUAAUCUAUUUAUGGAAAGGGAUUUUCCUAGCACUGGCUAACCUUUUUGUCAAAGUAAUAAUGUUAUGCAUUGCAUAUAAGGUUUUAA